UGAUUGUGGCGUUAAAAAGGGGGAGAGCUAAGAGAGGAUCAGCGGCUAACCUUUAAAGUUAACGUGUCAAUCUCCACCUUCAUCCUGAUCGUCUCCUAAAAGGUCGUAUCCUCCGAUCGUCGCUGAUCGUAACCAUUCAAGUUAACGUGUCAAUUUACACCGAUUUCUUUCCGUUCCUCUGCGGAUCGCCGGACUCCUCAGCUGAUCACAAGAGUUCUAGUUUUUCUGGACGCCGGAGCAUGGCGGAUAAAUUCAGCACAGAUUAACCCGUGCUGGAAAGGAAGUCGGGCACAGACACAAAAUAAAACAUCCGGCUUCUUUUCAAAAUAAAACACUCCGUGUUUCAGGAGGAUCGUAUUUCACACCAUGCAAACGGGCGGAGACGAACAAGUGAAAGGUUUUUAGACGUCAUUUCACCCCUAUGACACCAUGGAUGAGGAGAUGCUGAUUCUAGACGUCUAGAAGUAGAUUUCCUCCUCUGGAAGGACACAAUCUACUGCUUAUAUGUCUAUGUGUCUGUCUUUAUAGAGACAACUCGUUAUCGUACGAUUGAACGUGAAUCCGUGGGUUCUUGUGAGUUCUCGCGAUUCCCGCUGUCUGUAAUUCGCCACGAAAUUCGCCUCACAAACGGAUCCGGUAGGAAAUGGCAGACAGCGAAAAUGGCCGCCGUUCCAGAUGUGGUGGAAACUGGGGGUUUGGUCAGUUUAUGGAGAAGUGAUGUCAAACCCAUGUGGUGACUCCAACUACAGAGUCUUAGGUGAUCCAGUAAGGAGAGCCGAUAAUGCUGCACACACACACACACACACACACACACACACACACACAGAGCCGGUUCUGCAGCAGCCGGGCCCGGUGCUGAUGGGCCUAAAUGAAAGUGUAAUGAGUUCUGACAUUGAUUUAGUCGGGCUGGCGUUCCUCGGUGGCGGUGGUUUGAUGGUUGGCGGCGGUGAUUGUUAUCAGGAAGUGAUGCGUUCAGUUAUGAAGACAAGUGAGUUUAGGAUAAGAGCGUUUUCUUUCUCAGACAGACGGAGACUAAUGGACCUCUGGGACCCGAGGAGGAUGUGUUGUGACAUGGCGGCGGUUAUUUAGCGGUCUGUGGGAGAGCGUGUAUCUUCCAAACAUAGUUUACGCUGUCAGGGCGAGAUUAAAUAAACACACUCAUUCUUGUUUAUCUGCUGCAGUAACGUCUGUCAGAGAGUGGCGCCCGUUUCUCCCCGGGAUCACGUCUCACCCUUCGCCGUCCUCUCUCUUGUCUUUCAGAUCUCAGCUGGGUCGCCAUGACGAGCGAGGAGUGUCCUGUGCCGCUGGGGAGCGUUUCCCCGGCCGGGCCGGGGCAGGGCGAGGACUACGGCUCGACGCACGCCGAUGACAUCAUCGAGGAGGUGGGUCAGGGGGAUGAUGUCAGCAUCGGCAGCGACCUCAGCGCUCUGGUGGUCCCGUUCCCCGAUCUGGCGCCCGUGGUCUUCUUCUGCCUCAAACAGACCACCUGUCCUCGGAACUGGUGCAUCCGCAUGGUCUCCAGUCCAUAUCCUUUAAACACAGCUAAGCCCCGCCCCCAACCUUUGACCUCCAUCACUCUACCUUCAUCAUCCUCCUCCCUUCUUUCUCCUCCUCCUCCUCCUUCUCCUCCUCCAGCUGACAGUCCAGAGUCUCCUCACAGUAAGUGUUUUUCGUCUUCAUACAGCUGCAGUGGAAGUGUGUGUGUGUGUGUGUGUGUGUGUGUGUGUGUGUGCGGCUAGUGAGAAAAAUAGUAGGCUGGGCUGAAGGUUUGGAGACCAGAUUCCUGUAGGGGGGUCUGGGGGUCUCCACCCUCAGGACAUUUUUUUUGGUUUUCUAAGAUAAUAAUGAAGGAAAUAUUCGAUCUUCUCCUCCAGAGACAGAUGUGGUUGAAACAGUUUUUCAUCUCAUCAUCAGGACAUUAUAUCGACACUCAGCCGACCUACUUGAAUGUAAUCUAAUGAUAUAGAAACUGACUGUAGCGUUCUCUUACUCGUGCGCGUUCACCUGCAUCUCCACAGGUUAGGUUACAGCGAAGGAGCACAGAGAGAGACAACAGCAGAAGAAGAAUGAAGAGCAGACCCACAUUUACAACAAACCAGGCUGAACAUCAAACAACACAAACGUUUAAAUACACAACAGUUUUAUUACAGCUGAACAAAAACAGGGUUCACACUCUGUUAUAGAAAUCAUUUUCCAGGACUUUUCCAGGACGUUUUCAUCCUGCCUUAAAAGUUAUUGAAUUCUAACAUUGUUACAUGAACAUCGUCUGUUAGCUUCUGUUUAGUCUGGUUUAUAUUUGGUUUUAAUCUUUAUAUUCUCGACUUUUCUACAAACAGAUUUUGACUGUUUCAGAAGCCGAAAUUUUAUUUUGCCAGUUUUAUUAUUUAUUCUUGACACCAUUAAUUUACACUGGAAACAAAAAAGGACCUUACUCUGUGCGCCUAUACGAUGCUCUUAAAAAUGUCGGCGUAUAUCGUCUGCUCAUCUCGGUGGUCACUCG